AUAUAUAUAUAUAUAUAUAUAUAUAUAUAUAUAUAUCCUUAAUAUGGAGAGCACGACACCACUUCUGCAGCUCAAUAAUGGAUCUUCGUCGUCGUCGUCGUCACCAUUACCUGCACCACAAGAAGCAGAAGCAGAAGCAGAAGGAGACUACUCACCUGCAGCUUCCAAGACUUUCAAAGACUUUAUCAAGUUCGUAUUUUGGAAAGAGACUGUUAAGUUAUGGAAGAUUGGCGGUCCUAUUGCCAUCACUCUACUCUGUCAGUAUGGUACCAACACUUUAACCUCUAUCUUUGUUGGCCAUCUUGGAAACUUGCAACUCUCUGCCGUUUCUGUUUCCCUCUCUGUCAUCACGACCUUCGCUUUCGGCUUCCUUCUUGGUAUGGGCAGUGCCCUCGAGACCCUCUGUGGUCAAGCUUUUGGUGCUGGUCAAGUUCAUAUGCUCGGUGUUUACUUGCAAAGAUCAGCCAUCAUCUUAUUCGUCAGCUGUGUCGUCCUCUUGCCCAUUUACAUUUUUUCCACUCCUAUCCUCAAAGUCAUUGGCCAAGAAGAUGAUCUUUCUGACCUUGCCGGAAAAUUCACCAUCGUAACCAUACCUAAUUUGUUUUCACUGGCUAUCUAUUUCCCUACCCAAAAGUUCCUUCAAGCUCAACGCAAGGUUGGAGUACUUGCCUGUAUUGCCUUUACGACUCUCCUUCUACACGCUUUUUGGCUUUGGCUCUUCAUCUAUAAGCUUGGUUGGGGCGCCACUGGAGCAGCAAUCGCUUUAGACCUUACUGGAUGGUCAACUGCUCUGGCUCAAGCUGUGUACGUGAUGGGCUGGUGUAAGGAAGGAUGGCGUGGGUUUUCCUGGGCUGCAUUUAAGGAUAUUUGGUCCUUUGUCACCCUCUCACUAGCUUCAGCUGUCAUGCUUUGCCUGGAGCUCUGGUAUAUGAUGAGUAUUGUUAUUCUCACUGGACAUCUGAGUAACGCAGUCAUUGCUGUUGGUGCCCUUACCAUCUGCUUGAAUAUCAAUGGCCUUGAACUAAUGUUGUUCCUUGGAAUAAAUGCUGCUAUAAGCGUUCGUGUCUCGAAUGAGCUUGGAUUGGGGCAUCCAAGAGCUGCAAAAUACUCGGUCAUGGUGACUGUGUUUCAGUCACUUGUGAUUGGGCUCAUUCUGAUGGCUGUUGUGUUGGUAGCCAAGGACUAUUUUGCCUACAUCUUCACAAGCAACAAGGAGAUGCAAGUAGCUACCUCCAAACUAGCAUUCAUUCUAGCCAUCACCAUGGUUCUUAACAGUGUCCAGCCAGUGAUAUCAGGUGUUGCUAUUGGUGGUGGGUGGCAAGCAUUAGUGGCCUAUAUCAACAUUGGUUGUUAUUAUGUUAUUGGGCUCCCCCUUGGCUACCUGCUUGGAUACAGAGCAAAGUUGGGAGUCGAGGGCGUAUGGGGUGGCAUGCUAGGCGGAACUGCUUUGCAGACCUUGCUGCUCUUGAUUGUACUCUACAAAACCAACUGGAAAAAGGAGGUUGCAGAAACAGCAGAACGCAUGAGGAAGUGGGGUGGCCAGGAUAUCAAAGAUAAUGAUGAUCGUAGAGGUGCUAACGGAGCGUGAAGCAGCUGAUCAUUAAUUAAUACAUCUUUAAUUAAGAAGUAGAAUAAUGCAUGGUUCUCUUCGUCUCGACUCAUGAUCAAGUCUUCCAGCGGUACAACUUACGUAGGAAAUCAAACAAUCAGUCAAAAUAUCAGUCAACAGAAGAGAAAGAAUCGUUGUUUUGAAAGAGAAAAACCUGCUGAAUUUACCAUUGGUUAUCUUGAAACAAUAAUAAUAAUAAAUGCUAGCACUUUCGAUGCUCAUUGAAUUAAUAGCCAGAACAAGUGUAAUAUAAUAUGUAUGGACUGCUUUCGACGUAGGACAUGAAAAGUUUUGUUGAAGGGAACUUUUCUGCU